UUUAUUUAUUUAUUGCGUUUGACGAUUUGGCGAAAUUAAUCCCUAAUUGAAACCUGAAACAAAGAACCCCCUCAAAAAUAAUUCAACACUCCCAUCGUCUCUGUUCUAUUGUUAUUAUUUUCGAUUCGAUUGCAAAUAUCUGCUUUCAUUCCUCCUCUUUUAUCGUCGUCUUCAUCGGUAAUCGUCAUCUUCUGUUUGGGCAUAAAACAUAAACAGCGAGCUUGUUAAUUAGCACGUGCAAUUUGGCGGACGUCGGCGAUCAUCUUCGGCUUAGAAAACGUGCCGAUUUCUCUCUAAAUUCGAAGCAUCCGAUCGCUGUUAUUCUCUCUCAAUUGCACCUUUGAGGUGGAGAUUCGGUCCGUACUGUUGGAGUUGUAGCAGCAUGAAUAGCUAGUAGGUAAUUUUGUAAAGGAGAUGAACGUGCAGGCUCAUAUGACUGGACAGAUCUCUGGGCAGGUUCCUAAUCAGUUGGCCCAGCAGAAUGGGAAUCCACUCCCUACAGCCCAAUUGCAGAAUUUAGCGGCUGCUAGUGGCGGGGGUGCCACUCCUAAUAUUUUCACCAUGGACUCUGAGCUUCAUAGAGCUAGGAUUCAUAUGCGAGAGAAAAUAUUUGCAAUUAUAUUGCAGAGGCAGCCUCCGCCAGUUAGUGAACUACAGAAACAGAAAUUCAAGGAUAUUGCAAAACGCCUGGAGGAGGGUCUGUUUAAAGCUGCUCAGUCAAAGGAGGACUAUAUGAACCUACAUACCCUAGAGAGUCGUCUUAGUAGUCUGAUCAAGCGCACACCUGUGAAUAACCACAGUCAUAGACAUAUGCAACAUGUUAAUCCUUCUUCUUCAAUUGGUACCAUGAUACCAACCCCUGGCUUGUCACACAGUGGGAAUUCCAACAUGAUGGUAUCUUCUGUAGAUACCAUGAUGAUUGCUUCUGGUGGAUGUGAUACUAUAUCAGCAACAACUGUUAACAUGGGAAGCCUCUUGCCGACCAGUGGUUUACAUGGUGGUUCCUUCAGUAGAUCCGAUGGAGCUCUGUCUAAUGGAUAUCAGCAAUCACCGACCAAUUUUUCCAUUAACUCUGGCGGGAAUAUGUCAUCCAUGGGUGUGCAAAGAAUGACAAGCCAGAUGAUUCCAACUCCUGGAUUUAAUAGCAGCAAUAACAAUAGUACUAAUCAAUCUUAUGUAAAUAUGGAGUCAUCUAAUAAUGUUGGUGGUUAUUCAACCGUUGAAUCUACAAUGGCAUCACAGCCACAGCAGCAAAAGCAGUAUGCUGGUGGCCAAAACAGUCGCAUACUGCAGAAUCUUGGCAGCCAAAUUGGUAGCAAUAUUAGAUCUGGGUUGCAGCAAAAAUCUUUUGGGUUCUCAAACGUAGCUCUAAAUGGUGGAAUGGGAAUGAUUGGGAACAAUUUACAGCUUGUGAAUGAACCUUGUGCCUCUGAGGGCUUUAUGACAGCCACACCAUAUGCUAGUUCACCCAAACCAUUGCAACAGCAUUUAGAUCAACAACAGCGACAAAUGAUGCAUGGUGAGGGAUAUGGAAUAAGUAAUGCUGAUUCAUUUGGAUCUGGAAACUUUUAUGGUGCCAUAACUUCUGUUGGGUCAAUGAUGAAUGUUCAGAAUAUGGCUUCUGUGAGCCUACCGCCUGUGCCCAAAACUAACUCUCCUCUGGUAAAUAACCAGUCAAAUUUACAUGGUAUGCAACAAGCUGCGCAUAUUAAACCUCAAUCAGUUGAUCAAUCUGAAAAGAUGAAUUUUCAGUCCACACUACCUUCUAGAGACAGCAUCCUACAACCUCACCAACAACAGCAAUUUCAGCAACAUCAUCAUCAGUUUCCACAACAGCAAUUUGUUCAGCAACAAAGCACACAAAAGCAGCAAAACCAGCAGCAUCAACAUCUAUUGCAUGAUGCUUUUGAUCAGUCUCAGAUGUCUGAUCCUAGUAAUCAGGUGAAGCGUGAGCUUGGAGUGGAGCAUCAUAAUGAAGUUCUGCACUCACAAACCUGUCAACAGUUCCAAAUGUCUGAUUUGCAAAACCAAUUCCAGCAGAAUGUUGUUGACAAUCGUUCUAGGGGUGCUCAAAUUCUCUCUCUGCCAUCUGGACAGCAUGACAUGUGUUCAUCACUUGCACAAAAUUCACAGCAAAUGCAACAAAUGUUGCAUCCACAUCAAUUGGUUUCAGAUUCCCAAAGUGAUUUUAAUUCCCUUCCUGUUGGAACACCAUCAGAUGCAAUACUGCAGGUUCAAUGGCAUUCUCAUUUGCAGGAUGGAGCUGGUGUCCCUAGCAUUUCACAUGAGCAGCAUGUCCAAGAGGAUUUCCGCCAAAGAAUAUCUGGUCAAGAUGAAGCUCAGCGAAAUAAUUUAGCUUCAGAAGGUUCUAUUAUUGUUCAAAAUGUUCCUCCUAGAAGUACAUCAGAGACCCCAAGUUCAAAUGGUGUCAUUUGUAGAUCUGGAAGUGCAAACCGUGACCGACAGUUCAGAAAUCAACAGAAGUGGCUCUUAUUCUUGCGGCAUGCUCGCCGAUGUACGGCUCCAGAAGGGAAAUGUUCAGAUGUUAAUUGCAUUACUGUUCAAAAAUUGUUGAGACAUAUGGAUAGGUGCAAUUCUUCUCCAUGCACAUAUCCUCGAUGUCAUCAUACCAGGAUAUUGAUUCAUCACAACAAGCAUUGCAGGGAUGCAGGUUGUCCUGUUUGUAUUCCUGUCAAAAAUUAUAUAGAGGAACAAAUGAGGGCACGCACUCGUCCAGGGUCAGAUGCUGGUUUUUCAAGCAAAUCUAAUGAUACUGGUGAUAAUUCAGCUAAAUUCAUUUCAAAAAAUCCAUCAGUUGUUGAAACUUCAGAAGAACUACAACCUUCCUUAAAGCGCAUGAAGAUAGAGCAGUCCCCCCAAUCUUUUAAACCAGAGAAUGAAACGGUAGCUGCAUCUGUUUCUGUAACCUCUGAUUCUCACUUAUCACAGGAUGUCCAGCAGCAAGAUUACAAACAGAGUGACUCUCGUUUGCUGGUUAAGUCUGAGUACAUGGAAGUAAAGUUGGAAGUUCCUGUAAGUUCUGGACAAGGAAGUCCUAGUAAUAAUGAGACGAAAAAGGAUAUCGUGGAUGAUACAAAUAGCCAAAAGCCUCAUGGGGAAUCUGUUGUACAGGAUGACUCAACUAGUUUAUCAAAGAAAGAGAGCAUCGAAGUUGAGAAAGGAACUGAUCCAGUCAAGCAAGAAAAUUCUGCACAACCUGCUGAUAAUGCAGCAGGAACUAAGUCUGGAAAGCCAAAAAUAAAGGGGGUAUCAUUGACUGAACUUUUCACACCUGAACAAGUUAGGGAGCAUAUUAUAGGCCUCAGGCAAUGGGUUGGCCAGAGUAAGUCAAAGGCAGAAAAGAACCAAGCAAUGGAGCAUUCAAUGAGUGAGAACUCUUGUCAGUUGUGUGCAGUUGAAAAGCUUACUUUUGAACCACCACCAAUAUAUUGCACUCCAUGUGGUGCUCGCAUUAAGCGAAAUGCAAUGUAUUAUACUAUGGGAGCUGGUGAUACACGGCACUACUUCUGUAUUCCAUGCUAUAAUGAGGCCCGUGGAGACACUAUCAUCGUUGAUGGGAGUGCUAUCCCAAAGGCAAGGCUUGAGAAGAAGAAAAAUGAUGAGGAGACGGAAGAAUGGUGGGUUCAAUGUGACAAGUGUGAAGCUUGGCAACAUCAAAUUUGUGCUCUAUUUAAUGGUCGAAGAAAUGAUGGUGGACAAGCUGAAUAUACUUGCCCUAACUGCUACGUGGCAGAGAUUGAAAGAGGAGAGCGUAAGCCUUUACCACAGAGCGCUGUUCUUGGGGCCAAAGAUCUACCAAGAACAAUACUUAGUGACCACAUAGAGCAACGAUUAUUCAGGAGAUUGAAGCAGGAAAGACAGGAGAGGGCCAGGAUUCAAGGAAAAAGUUAUGAUGAGGUUCCUGGAGCAGAAGCACUUGUAAUUCGAGUUGUUUCUUCAGUUGACAAAAAGUUGGAAGUGAAGCAGCGGUUUCUUGAAAUAUUUCGAGAAGAGAAUUAUCCAACUGAGUUCCCUUAUAAGUCCAAGGUGAUUUUGUUGUUUCAGAAGAUCGAAGGUGUGGAGGUAUGCCUAUUUGGCAUGUAUGUCCAAGAAUUUGGAUCGGAAUGUCAAUUUCCAAAUCAGCGCCGUGUCUAUCUGUCUUAUCUGGAUUCUGUGAAGUAUUUUAGACCUGAGAUUAAAGCAGUGGCAGGAGAGGCUCUCCGAACAUUUGUUUAUCAUGAAAUUUUGAUUGGAUACCUUGAAUACUGCAAGAAGAGAGGUUUUACAAGCUGUUAUAUAUGGGCUUGCCCUCCAUUAAAGGGUGAAGACUAUAUAUUAUAUUGUCAUCCAGAAAUCCAGAAAACACCAAAAUCUGACAAACUCCGGGAGUGGUAUUUGUCAAUGCUGAGAAAAGCUACUAAGGAAAAUAUUGUGGUUGAGCUAACUAAUUUAUAUGAUCAUUUCUUUGUAUCUACUGGUGAAUGUAAAGCAAAGGUAACGGCAGCAAGGUUACCAUACUUUGAUGGUGACUAUUGGCCUGGUGCUGCGGAGGAUUUAAUUUAUCAGCUUAACCAAGAAGAAGAUGGCAGAAAACAGAACAAGAAGGGAACUACCAAAAAGACCAUAACAAAAAGGGCUCUAAAAGCAUCUGGUCAGUCAGAUCUUUCUGGCAACGCAUCGAAGGAUCUGCUGCUAAUGCAUAAACUUGGUGAGACAAUCUGCCCAAUGAAGGAAGAUUUUAUCAUGGUUCAUUUACAGCAUUGCUGCACCCACUGUUGUAUUUUAAUGGUAUCUGGAAACCGCUGGGUUUGCAACCAGUGCAAAAAUUUUCAGAUUUGUGAUAAGUGUUACGAGGUUGAGCAGAAGCGUGAAGAAAGGGAGCAACAUCCUGUCAAUCAAAGGGAGAAACACGUACUGUAUCCAGUUGAAAUCACUGAUGUACCUGCUGAUACAAAGGAUAAAGAUGAAAUUCUUGAGAGUGAAUUCUUUGACACAAGACAAGCAUUUCUGAGUCUUUGUCAAGGAAAUCAUUAUCAGUAUGAUACUCUACGCCGGGCUAAGCACUCCUCAAUGAUGGUCCUGUACCAUCUCCAUAAUCCAACUGCUCCUGCUUUUGUUACGACAUGCAAUAUAUGUCAUCUUGACAUUGAAACGGGUCAAGGUUGGCGCUGUGAAGUUUGUCCUGAUUAUGAUGUAUGCAAUGCUUGUUAUCAAAAGGAUGGGGGUAUUGAUCAUCCUCAUAAGUUGACGAAUCAUCCAUCAAUGGCUGAUCGUGAUGCCCAGAAUAAAGAAGCCAGGCAACUAAGGGUCUUACAGCUUAGGAAAAUGCUUGAUCUUCUGGUGCAUGCUUCACAGUGCCGUUCUCCACAUUGCCAAUAUCCAAAUUGUCGUAAGGUGAAGGGACUUUUCCGGCAUGGGAUUCAAUGCAGGACACGUGCUUCUGGAGGUUGUGUUCUGUGCAAGAAAAUGUGGUAUCUCCUGCAACUUCAUGCCCGGGCAUGCAAAGAAUCUGAAUGCCACGUACCACGUUGCAGAGAUCUAAAAGACCAUUUGAGAAGGCUGCAGCAGCAGUCUGAUUCACGGCGUAGGGCUGCUGUGAUGGAGAUGAUGAGACAGAGAGCUGCAGAGGUUGCUGGAAGGGGUGACCAAUCGCCUGUAUUACUGGGUACUGGUGGCUGUCGGAUACUUUGGAUGAAGAGGUUCAUUGGUGGCCUAACCACCACAAGCAAGUCAUCAGCUGUAGUGGGCUACUUUUGCUCUUGUAAUAAUAUAUUACCAAUAUAUGUAUUUGGAUUGAGGAUGUAUAUGGGGUCUCCUAAAGUUGAAAAGCCUGCGUUUGUUAAUGGCACUACUCGAUAGCAAGUCUAUAAGCUAUUGACGGGAAAUCACUGCUGCUCGGCUGGACGGAUGAAAUAUGCGCGGCAGAUUUGAUGUCGAUCACUACUUGUUUUUCUAUUUCCAUUUUAGUAAAGUAAAUUAUUUGAGAAAAAAUGGUAAUUUCAAGAAAAUGUUAAAAAUAAAAUGAAAUGAUUGAGAACUUGUGGAAGUAAUGAGUAGAGGUGAGUUAUCGGUUGGUUGGUUGGACCAAAUAAAGGAUAAAUUUGAAUUAAUUUAAUUUGAUUUAAUUUUAUUCUUCGGUUUUAUAGCAAAAUAAGUUCAGUAAUAACAGGGGAAGAAGUACAUACAUUUCACAGCUUCAAACGUCACACGCUCAGGUAAGACAAUUUAUGGCAAAUGCCGUAAAAAAAAAAAUUGAGUCCUGCAGCAUAAUUUGUCUAAUAAGAGGUGAAGUAGAAACAGGUGCAAGUUCAUUUCACCAACUAGAGUAGUUGAUUAGCAACGGGAGUCCGGCAACAUCCUAGUUCUAGAUAACAUGUUAAUGAAAUGCUCUUUUCUAAGCUUUCAAACAUGCUGCAGAAUACUAAACCUUGCAACUGUGGCAUACACAUAAUUUUGCUGAUUUUCUUUGAUUACGGCUUUUGUAGAAUGCUCCAACUGGUUUCUUUCCUGCUUCACUCUUGUGAUCGUCAACUUGUAGAACAUGCAAAUGUUGAGUUCGAAGAAAUAAACAGAGAGUUAACAGUGUGAAAUUGGGGCUUAUUUAUGUGUUUUUCUAAAACUUAAGGGCUUAAAGUGGCCCUUAAAAACGCAGUUCGCCAAAUAACUAUCAUACCUCUCAUUUUUUGUAUAUAUUUGUCUUUUAAGUAUUUUGCCCCACCAAUUCCUUUUCAUUUCAUAAAGAAAUGUCUUUCGGCUUUUUCUAUUUUUAUGUCCAAACGAGAAAAUUGAGAUUCUCUCUUCGUUUCGGUAAAUCUUUUUCCUUUCUUUUCUCUGCUUCUUUCCUCCACCCAGUCAAUUGUCUCUUUUUCUCCCUAUUUCUCUAUUUCUAAGGGCAUUACAGGUCUGAUAUGGAAUGGUUACACUCAACAUGUAUAUGAUUCUUGGGGUCUGAAUGUCCCUUUGUAUCACUGGAAGCUAAAUUUGUUUGUUUUAGCGUUCAUUUUAAGUUCUUACCCGUCUUCCUUGAUGAACAUUUCUGUGGUUGGAUAUGAAGGUCUGGUACUCUCUGUUGGAGGAAAUGGAAGAUCCUAAAGUUUGAUUCUUGAAGCUUGGCCUUCGGCUGAUAUAACUCAAAGCGAAUUGUGUUUUGCAAGGAUUAGCACAAAAGUAGUAUUUUGUAGGGUAAACAUUUGUCAUGCCUUGCUCAGAAAGCUUUGAUUGUUUUGGUGCUACCGUUAUAGUUGCCAUCAUUUUCUUCCAUCUUGGGAUGAAGAUUUGAUUGCGAUUUUUAUUGUUUGCACCUUUUUUCUGUAAAUGGCUGGUCAGAGUGGCAUUUUCUUCCUUCCGCCCUGUGAAACCAGAUGAUCCACCAUUAGACUCAUUCUUGUACACCCAUUGACCAUAGGCUUUGAGCAUCGAAGGCAGAGACCUGUUGAAGCACCUGUACGAACAAAGCAAGAUCUGAGAAGCUUUAAGCUAAUUUUGGAAUAUAUAAAACCUUUGCCUACUGGGCAAGAAACAAACUCUGUCUUAGUCUCAUGUACAGGUUUAGGAGUAGAACCUACCAGAAGGGAGCAAGUUCUGAAAGCCAAGAGGCUGGGAAAGACUCAUUGAGGAGGUGAUGUAGAACAACUCAACUCAACUAAGCCUUUAUCCCAAAAAUUUGGGGUCAGCUGUAUGGAUUCGCUUUCUCCACUCUCCACUCUGAACGAUUUUGGGUUAAAUCCUCAGAAAUGUCUGGGAAGUUAGAUAGCAGUUUUGACAACAGAGAUGGGCAGAUCUGUGAUUGGAGAAGGGCUGGAGAGGGUCAGAUGCCAGAGAAAUCUAGAAAACUUGUAAGUCUAGAUUCAGGUCAAGAUCUAACCCGGUCAGGUCUUCUUUUCCGAGAAGUUGUAGGCGAUUGGAAAGGUGCUGGAAGGGUUGCCUAGAUGCCGCUGGUGGAUUGACGGUGGCAGUGCUUGGGUUUGAUGGCCGGAAGGUGGUGUAUGUUGAGGGGUGGGAGUGCGCUGCUAGGUAGGGCUGUUUCUCAAAGCUUUCUAUUUUCUAUUGGGAAAAUUUUGGGAGCACAAUGGAAGGAUCGAAAGUUUGCGGAAGCUUAUGGAAAUUUGGAUUGAAUUUAGGCCAUCUUUCCAUACUGCAUUAGGAGGUCAGGCCUUGGAUGCACAAUCAUUCUCCCUGGUUAGUGUCCUGUCCAAGGUUUUCUGGGUUUGUAAAUAUAAAGUUCAAUGGUCAUUCAGUUAGGUGGGAGAUAAUGAAGCAAUAGGAAAGCUGUAUGAAAGUUUAUUCUUAUUACUAAGAAGCUGAUAUUCUGUGACUGGGUAAUGGGAAAAUGAUUUAGGUGUAUAGCAUGUAUAAUAUUGUUGUACCUAGAGUGCACCAAGCCUCUUCUCUUUUGGCAUGUGGGCUUGCAUAUAACACUUGAAAUAUCUUUUUGCCAAUGGCGGGCUUCUAGUCAAAUACCUCCAUGUCCCACAUCAUUAAUAAUUAGGAGGUUGUAGACGAAGUUGCCCCGAGUAAAAUCUUUAGUGAGAGCUACUUGUUGUAAAUAGAAAUUAAUUGGCAGCUGAUAGAUGUUUCAACUGUCAAAUGUGAAUCCAUGAACAUAAUUAAAGAUUCCUUGUGCAGGAAGAGCCUUGCGGCCAACGUGCACUCAUAUUUGACCAAGGAAACAGGAUUUCUGAGUUGAAAAUUUAAUUUUUUUUGGACAGAGAGAGAAAAUAAUUGUACUUUACUCAAAUCCUGAUAAAUGUUGUUUAUUUAGGGCAUUAGCUGUAUUGGUAUAAUUGAGAGUUUGUUUGUUCCCGCCAAAAGAUUAGUUAAGUUAUUGUUAGCUUCUUUUAUGUUCAUUGACAGCUCAUGUGAGCAAUACUUUGUUAACUCUAGUUAGCUUCUCCUAUAAGAUUUGUUCACUCACACGCCAAAAUCCAUUUGUUUACCUAAUGGCCAAGUUACUGAAAUUAACCAAACAGGCACUGUUUACUUGCGUAAUAGCCUUUCUCUAUACAGUGUGCUCUUAGUUCCUUCAUUUAAAUUGAAUUUACUUUCAGUUACCAAGCUUCUUAAAACCUAAACUUAUUGUUUUACCCUUUCUGUUGCCUAUUUCAGGACCAGAAGACUAAAGUAGUGGUCAUGAAGGACUUUACAUUCUGGAUAAGUCUAGUUUUCUUUCAUCCACCAUUUAGUUUUAUCUUUCUAAAGUGAAACAUUUGCUUGAUACCCUUGCUUUGAACUCUGUAAAUACCAGCUUCUCUAAUGUGAAUAUUUAUAAAGAGAAUUUUCAGUUGUCCAAUUCUGCUCAAACUUUAGACUUUGCUAUACUUAAUGCUAGAUUAGGACAUUCAUCACUUCAGAAAUUACAAAACAUUACUCCCUUCAAACUUCACAUUGAUUGUCAUUAUAAAUGUCCUUUAUGUCCUUUAGCUAAACAAGCCAGAAUUCCUUUUCCUGAUAGUGAGAUAAAAACAUAAUACCCUUUGGAAUUGUUACAUGUUACGGGGUCCUUAUGCCAGACCUUCUAUUUGUGGAGAUAGAUUCUUUGUGACUAUUGUAGAUGACAAGUCCAAAGCAACUUGGACUUACAUGAUUAGACAUAAAGACCAAUGUAGCUAUGUUCUUACUAUGUUUCUCAAUUAUGUGGAAACCCAAUUCAAUGUCAAAGUGAGAAUAGUAAGGACAGAUAAUGGGAUGAAGUUUGUGAAUCAUCAAUGUUUACAAUUGUUUCAGUCUAGGGGGAUUAUUCAUCAAAAAAGUUGUCCAUAUACCCCUAAACAGAAUGGCAUAGUUGAGCGAAAACAUAGACAUCUCUUGGAUAUUACUAGAGCUUUGAGAUUGCAAGCCCAUUAACCAAAAAGAUUCUGGUCCGAGUGUAUUUUGACUGCUAAAUACCUUAUUAAUAGAUUGCCCACCAAAUUCCUUUCUUGGAAAACUCCUUAUUAAUUAUUAUUUCAUAAACCACCCACUUAUGACCAUUUAAGAGUGUUUGGUUGCCUCUGUUUCACUGUUAACCUUCACCCACAUAGAGACAAGUUUGAUGAUAGAUCACAUAAGUGUCUGUUUCUUGGGUAUCCACCUACACAAAAGGGCUGUAAAGUCAUGGAUUUGCAAACCAAUAAAGUUUAUGUAAGCAGGGAUGUAAUUUUCUUUGACACAAGUUUUCCUUUCAAUAAUACAACAUUAUCUUCUGUUGAGUCUUCCACACCAAUUCUUCCUUUUCCUAUUUCUUCACCUACAUCACACCAUACUGACACUCUCCUCUCUACUCUAGUUCCUGAACUUCAUUCUUGUGAAUCUUUCCACACCAAUAACUGAACCUUCUCAACCUACAUCAUUAACACCCCAAUUGUCUCUUUCUCUUGCUUCAGUCCUACCACCAUUAAGAAGAAGUACUAGACUUCAUCAGCAACCUUCACGGUUAAAAGAUUUUGUUGUUGCCUCUCUUUCUUAUGCUACUACCUCUGUGGCAGUCUUCUAUUCCUCACCAGGUACACCUUUUAUUUUCUCACCUUGCCACUAUACCUUUGUUACUUUAGUAUCUAAAACUCAAGAGCCUGUUACUUAUCUUCAAGCAAUAACUAACACCAAUUGGAUUGAGGUUAUGAAUCAAGAAUUGCAGGCUUUGGAGAAAAAUGGCACUUGGGAACUUUGUGAGUUACCUAAAAGGAAGAAGGCUAUUGGUUCAAAGUGGGUUUUUAAAGUCAAAUACAAACCAGAUGGAGAGGUUGAAAGAUAUAAGGCCCUCUUAGUUGCUAGAGGGUACGGAGGGACUUGAUUUUAAGGAGCGAUUUAGUCCUGUGGCCAACAUAGUCACUGUUAGAAUUUUUAUUGCCCUCGCAACUGUUCAGAAAUGGCCUAUAUAUCAGUUAGACAUUAAUAAUGCUUUUUUGCAUGGUUGCUUGGAUGAGGAAGUGUAUAUGAGGGCACCAGAUGGGUACACCAAGGCAUUACCAGGGCAGGUCUGUUUACUGAAACGGUGCCUUUAUGGUUUAAAACAGGCUUCCAGACAAUGGAACCUUGAAUUUACUUCCUUUUUGCAAUCUUUGGGUUUUAAACAAUCAGUACAUGAUCAUUGUCUCUUUACCUGAACAAAUUCAGAUGCUCUUCUAGCUCUUUUAAUCUAUGUGGAUGAAGUCAUCAUAACUGGAACCAAUUCACAAGCCAUUGACUAAGUCAAAUCUGCCCUGCAUGGUAAAUUCACUAUCAAAGACCUUAGUUUCAUGAAAUAUUUCCUUGGUUUGGAGGUAGCUCAAUCAGAAACUGGUACCCUUAUCAGCCAAAAGAAAUUUAUCUUAGAUGUUCUGAAGGAGACUGGCAUGACAGCAGCUAAAGCAGUGUCUAUGUCUCUUCUUAAGGGUCUUCAUUUGGCACCGGAUGAUGGAGAGUUAUUGACAGAUCCUGAUAAGUUUCGAAGUCUCAUUGGGAGACUUUUAUAUGUGAACAUCACCAGGCCUGAUAUUACUUACUCUGUGCAACAUUUGAGUCAGUUCAUGGGUGCUCCUGGGAAGCCCCAUUGGGAUGCAGCAUUACAUUUGCUUCGUUAUUUCAAGUCUUGUCCUUCUAAGGGACUUUAUUUCCCUGUGCAUUCUGAUCUUAAGCUCAGCGCAUUUUGCAAUGCAGAUUGGGUUCCUGUGUUUUUUCUCGCAAAUCAUUUGUAGGGUUUGCUUUUUUUUUUGGAGAUGCUUGGAUUAGUUGGAAAACAAAGAAGCAGAACACUGUUUUUAAAAGUUCUGCUGAAGCUGAAUACCGCAGCAUGGCUGCUACUGUUUGUGAAUUGUUGUGGGUUUCUUAUAUUCUUGAUGAUUUGCGGGUCAUUGUUCAGCUUCCUAUCUCCUUGAAGUGUGAUAAUGAAGCAGCUAUUCAUAAUAACCCUAUUUUUCAUGAAAGGGCUAAGCAUUUGGACAUUGAUUGUCAGUUGGUUAGGGAACAAUUGCAGUGUGGUUUUAUUUUGCCUUCUCAUGUUUCUUCUGUUCAGCAGCUUGUAGAUUUGUUUACAAAGCCUUUACUUGCUGCUUCUUAUCAUUCUUUAGUAUCCAAGUUGGGUCUUGUGAACCUUUCCCAUGAUCCAACUUGAGGGGGGAUAUUGGUAUAAUUGAGAGUUUGUUUGUUCCCCCAAAAGGAUUAGUUAAGUUAUUGUUAGCUUCUUUUAUGUUCAUUGACAGCUCAUGUGAGCACUACUUUGCUAACUCUAGUUAGCUUUUCCAAUAAGAUUUGUUUUGUAUAUAAACUCUUGUACAUUUCAUUCAAGAUAAUGAGAAAUACAGUUUCUCUUUCAA